AUUUCCGGAUUUAAAGAUUAGUCUAUGGUUGCACAGUGUGUACUGUGUAGUGUUACGCUAUAGCAAUUACAUAAUUUAUAGCAAAAAUGGGAAAGCAUUUUGGAGAGCUUGCAAAAAUCAGGGGUUUGAUAACCUACAAGUUGUCUGCCCAUGAACAACGAGCUUAUGCUGGCGCAAUCUCCAACGGCCUCCCCAAUAUCUUCCGCAGGUUCCGUGAAAGCGUAUUCAGGGUUGCACCUCCUUUCAUCAUUGGAUAUCUGGUUUAUGAAGGAGUGGAACGUGAACACCACAGGCUCAGCCGCAAGAAUCCUGCUGAUUUUGAAAAUGAUCAAUAAAUAACCAUAGAGUAACCUCACUACUUUAAUUUAUUGUAGAUUAAUUGUAAUGAAUUGAAAUAAAAGUACCUACAGCGGCUACAACCAA